AUGGCGCAGUAUCAACAAAACUGGGUGAAGCUGUUCACGGAACGUCAAUUUUUCAGCAUACAAGCGUCUCACAUUGACACAUUUGUGACCGUUCAGGCGGCGUUCCUUGAGACCGAUGCAGUGCAGUUGGACGCCAAGGUCCCGGUACGUAUCUGUCUUCGGUCGUCCGCUGUCCAUCCUAUUCGCUUGUCGGCCGUGGUCGUCGGCUGUGAUGCUGAACGAAGACGUCGGAAUCCUGUAGCCAUUUCAGACGUCAUGCCGCUUGUUCAGGCUUCCCGACAAUCCAUCACGUUGGAGCCUAAGAAGAAAACUGCCGUCAUUGUUAUACUAGAUCUUUCCAAAGCACAGAUUCAGAAAGGACAAACUCUAUGGAUCACACGAGUUUGUUUGGAGAUAGGCGAUCGUCAUUCAAAAAUGUUCGGCCAGUUAGAGUACAAUUUCGAUCAUACGCUGCUACAAUCUCAACGUCCGCGUUCCGAAUUCGGUUCCAAUAUGUUGAGGAUUGCCGCUUCGGAUGGUGAUUUGGAAGCUAACCCGUCUUCAACGCGUGUGAGCUGCCUGGUUGCGGAGAUUGCUGCCGCUACUCUUGAGUUGAAGAAUACGUGUAAUCAUAAAAUUGAGGCCGUUCGGUUGGAUUUCAAACGUAACGAACAACAGACAACAGAAGCAAUAGCGGUUCUGUUUGUGGACGAGAACGACGAACUCCGAUCUGAAUUGACUAUUGUUGGAGCCGAGGUGGUAGAAUCUGGUGAAACGAUCCACGUUCCAGUGCGAUUUUCCGCGCAACUUGUAGGAAAUAUUGACUUGGAGUUAGAGACGAGCUAUCUGCUUUUGGGUGAGACGCGACGUCGGAUAGGUCGAAUCCAUUUGACUAUCACCGCUCGAGAACCUCUUAGCGUGAAGAGUGGUGUGCUCAGCAUGAACGGACUUCCACUGGCCUCCAUUCUCAAUCACAGCGAAUAUGUUAUCAAAGCUGAAGUCACAGCCAAUGCCAACAUUAUUAUCACCCACGUUGAAUGGCUUCUAGUAAGUUCUCCAAUUGUGCACUGA